CACGUAAAAUUCAUAAUUUUAUGUCUAUGUUGGUACCUAUCAUCUGCAUUGUCUUCUAAUACGGGUAAAGUCAUACUCAGUCAUCAUAGACUGCCCGUUAGUUUAACGCUCUAUCAAUUCGGUUUCAUUUCGCUAUUCACCUACAUAAUAACACAAAGGCCGUUUAAUUUAACUAAACUUAAAACUUUUGAUAAGCACGUUUUCAAAAGUGUUUCUCCGAUGGCUUUAUUCCAGAUUGGUGGACAUGUACUCACUUCUAUGGCGAUAUCAAGAGUACCUGUUAGUACCGUACACACUAUAAAGGCAUUAUCACCACUAUUCACCGUUUUAUCAUAUAAGUUCUUAUUCAGAGUGAAUUACUCAACUCAGACAUACUUGAGUUUGCUUCCACUUACACUCGGCGUUAUGCUUGCAAUGUCAUUCGACAUGUCUUUAUUGAAUACUGGUGGAUUGAUCUACGCUUUCUUAUCUACGUUCGUUUUCGUAUCACAAAAUAUCUUCUGCAAGAAGUUGUUACCUUCGGAAACUCAAAAGCUUAGUUCUCAAAAAUUGGAUAAACUUAACUUAUUAUUUUAUUCAUCAUUAAUGGCGUUCACUUCCAUGAUUCCUUUAUGGUUUUAUUCGGAUUUUGGUCACAUUUGGAACCUAAUUUUUGUCGGUACAUCAGUUGAACGCCCAGUUGGAUUUAGUUUAUACAUUUUGUCAAACGGAUUUGUACACUUUGCUCAAAACUUGGUUGCUUUUGCUAUCUUAGCAGCAACUUCGCCAGUAACAUACUCAAUUGCAUCAUUAACAAAAAGGAUCGCGGUAAUCUGCUUAGCUAUUGUUUAUUUCAAACAGAGCAUACACUUUAUACAAAUGGUUGGGAUAGUAUUGACAGGUGUUGGAUUGUACUUGUACAACAAAUCUAAGCAAGAUGUUAAUAAGGGUGAAAUCAAGGUCAGGAGAGAUGAAGCUUUACGUGAUUACGCUUUACCAACUACCAAAUCUGAAGAAAAGUUCCUCAGUGGUAAAGAUAGUCCU